CCCAAUUAGAGUCACCGCCCAAGUUACAAGAAAUACUGCGACGCAAACGACCAAAAAUGCACCAAACGAGAAGAACGAUGGUUCCGUCCGAAAUAAGCUGCCAUGCAUCGUUGGCAUCGACUGYCGAUUCCGAGUUGGAAACAGGGUCGCAAGCACAAACACCAAUCGCACCAGCCACGGCAGCACCUCAURAAGAAACCCGCGACUCCCACAACAAGKGCAUUUGUUUGGCAUUGCUAGAAAGCGACUGGUUUGACGAUAAUUUCGUGGGAAUGGAACAACUGGUGGCAAUGGCCAACCACGAACUAGUCAAUAGUUCAAAGUUUUUGGUACCUGGCAGCGACACAAAUCAUGGCGAAUCAAUACCGCCCUUGUUGUCAUCGACCCUUGCGUAUUCGUUGGUAUGCAACUGCAAGAGCAAYAGCKUACUCGGAGAGACGUUUUCUGCGCGCCUCCGGGCCAUCUUUCCUACUUUUCUGUGCGACGGRAUAGCAGGAAGAAACGACGAGGAUCGCGACCAAAACRACUAUUCCAGUGAAUCGUCGACAUCGUCCUUUAGCUGUAGCUGCCAAGAAAACGAGAACGAGGAUUGYAACCGCCAGAACCACGUUUCACUGAAACUUCCCGCACUUCGAAUCAUUGUAUCCUCUCUGGAACUUGUUUUGAGAAYGASACCAACRCCUCGAUUGGAUCACUCGUAUUCGAAUGGCCGUUUCCCUUCCAUAGAUCUCCUGGACGAGUUUUGGAGAUUYACGCUUGCCUACAUGACGGACUGUUUGCAAGCAUUUUCAUUGAACGUUGGCAACRGSACAGACACCCCCAGCAGGUGCAACAAGGUCGAAGCUGCCCUCGUGGUCAAAGGAUUUCGACUYUUGUACAAGCUACAACCCCAAAAGAUGGGUCCCUAUGUCCGGUUUUCCCUCCUUCCCUUUGUUUCCAACGCCUGCGAACUGAGCAAGCAGCGACAAGGGACGAAGCACUCRGCGGGGGACGUAAUGGUGGUCCGAGAAUGCGAACGACUCCUAAAGAUUCUGUAACAGAUGCGAAUCUAGCGAUUGAGUCCGACGAAACAACGCGAUUGCUCUCUCUACCCUAGAUAGCUACGAAGSUCCUAGGGCUAUURUCCACU